AUGCCCAGUCCAUUCAUGGCAGAAAUAGCUGAAGGGCGUUGCCAAAAGGAGCUACAGGAGCUCAGGUGCAACUCUCCACAAGUUAAAAAAGCGAACUGGUAUUCUCAUGUUGUCCAAAGUCGUAAAGCAGGGCAAUCCCUCCUGAAGAAUUCCCCUGCUGCCGAGAAGAUGAUACCCCUCGUGGCUCGAUGCACCCGAGUCGACGAGCGAGGCAGAGGGAGAAAAACUGGUGGAGGAAAGAGCCUCGCUUAUGGGACAACAAGGCAAUGUUCGCUGAACUGCCAAAAGAAUGGGACUGAUAGUAUUACUGAGUUUUGGCAUUGUUACCACCAGAGAGAGCUUUCAGAAAAGAAAGAAUACAAAAUAGCCAGUGAGACCAAGCACCCGAAUCUGCACACCAUAAUAUGGAUGCUAUCAUUAUUAGUAUGUUGUACUACCGCAGAGCACGAUAACCCCCAUCAACCCUUUAAGUGGUCCUUGAUCCGAUGGGAAGACCAUAAAGUAUUGUCCUCCAUGAUUACCCCAGGGAAUCCCUCUUUUCAGUGUGAAUUGAAAGAUCUUUUUCCAGUUUGGCCACCUGUAUUCCUUGGGGCCUUUUAUUUUUGUCCUGCCUCAAAUCCGGGAAAACCAUAUUGUAACUAUCCUGGGCAUUAUUAUUGUGCAUACUGGGGAUGCGAAACAGUAUCCUAUGGAUUCCCCCCCGGAGGAGGAAAAGAUCAAUUCAUAUCCGUAAAAUGGUAUCCCUAUGGAUGUAAAGAACCCCAAAUAUGGCGAGAUGGAGGGCUAGGACGGCGGGGGAAUUGUAAAGGAAUUUGGAUAAAUGUUACUAAAGGUGAAGAUCAAGCUUGGGUAACAGGAAAACUGUGGGGAGCACGAUUAUGGGAACCUGGUACAGACAGAGGGGGACACUUCUUUAUCAAAAAGGAACCAGCACCACAAGACUCAGAACUUAUUGGGCCAAAUUCUGUGCUGCAGAAAGAACCGGAAUUAGAACAACAAUAUAAGGACCAAAGAGACGAGAUAAAGAAUAGUAACGUAGCCCCGACUGUUAAAGGAGUUGUAAAAACAGGACUAGAGUAUAGUGCAUUGUGGAAAAUAAUGCAAGCUAGUUACCAAUUAUUAAAUAUAACACAUCCGAAUUUGACCCAAGAAUGCUGGCUGUGUUAUAGCAUUAGGCCUCCCUUUUAUGAAGGUAUAGGUAGUACACAAAAAGUACGACGUAUCAAUGGAACCAAUCCAGCGCAAUGCCUUUGGAAACAGAAUAAAACCGAAACACAAGGGGUAACCUUAUCCCAAGUAACGGGUAAAGGGAGGUGUAUAGGAAAAAUACCACCAGAAAAGGAAUACUUAUGUGGAGUAAUUAUGACACAAAGAGAAGAGGAUAAACCUGCAGGAUGGCUCCUCCCUGCAGCGAAUACAAAGUGGGUAUGCAACAAUAUAGGCGUUACCCCCUGUUUAUCAUUAAAAGUUUUUAAUUAUGCUCGAGAUUACUGUAUCCAAGUAACCAUUGUCCCCAGAAUAAUUUACCACUCAACUGAUUAUAUUUACCAGCAACAUACUACUGCAGAGCAUCAUCUAGUAAAAAGGGAACCCUUUACGGCCCUGACCAUUGCAACCCUGCUGACUAUAGGAGGAAUAGGAGCAGGGACAGGAGUAGCCUCCUUGAUAAAUCAGCAGAAAGAAAUGAAGACAUUGCGAAUGUCAGUAGAUGAGGAUUUAGGAAGAAUUGAGCAAGCCAUCGAUGGGUUAGUAAAGUCAGUAAGAUCUUUAUCUGAAGUAGUGUUACAAAAUCGCAGGGGUCUAGAUCUUUUGUUCUUGCAACAAGGUGGCCUGUGUGUAGCCCUAAAAGAAGAAUGUUGCGCAUAUGCUGACCACACGGGAGUAGUAAUAGAUACCAUGACAGAAUUAAGAAACCGACUAGAGCAAAGGAAGCGAGAAAGAGAGGCAAACCAAAACUGGUAUGAAUCUUGGUUUGAUUAUUCCCCUUGGCUGACUACCCUGCUAUCCACGAUUGCGGGACCACUGAUUUUAUUGAUACUUGGAUUAACCUUUGGACCAUGUAUUUUUAAUAAAUUGAUAACAAUUGUGAAGGGACGCUUAGAAGCAGCACAUUUAAUGCUUAUUAGAGCAAAAUAUGAAUCGCUACCUAAAGACUCAGAAGAUGAGAAAUUAGAAUGGGCCCGACAGGAAUUAGAAAGAUUCAAUGAACAAAUUUAGGCUGAAAAGAAAAAGGGGGGAUUGUAACGAGUUAAUGCUUUGUUCAUUGAACUUGCAAACACAGGAUGACUCAUGAUUUUUAAGAGAGCCUUUAAACUUGCAAACACAGGAUGACUCGUCAUUUUAAGAGAGCCUUUAAACUUGCAAACACAGGAUGACUCGUCAUUUUGAGAGAACCUUUAAACUUGCAAACACAGCAUGACUCAUGAUUUUUUAGACACAUAUGCUAUUGCUUAGCAAGGCUUUUUGAGCUCCAGGAAGGAGAACUGUGGCUGUUUUCGGAAGAUAAAAGACGGUCUCCUAGCAACAAGAUAACAUCGAUAUGAUAACAGAAGAAAAGAAAUGCAUAAAACGGAACUGGAAGACCGUAACGGCGCGGCAGUCGGCGGAGUGCAGACUCUCCCUGUCGCCCAGCGCUGCAUUUGCUUAUGCCCCGCUUGCUGUAAUUAAUAAAAUUUUAAUUGGGACUAAA